GGCAGAGCUUUCAGGUCUAAGCAAGCCGGCCUCUGCCGGGGAGUCAACAGAGGGAGCAGAGCAAAGCUUUGUUUUGCCGUGGCCAGGGUCCCGCCCAGGUUCCGUCUGCACGUCGCAGGAGACCACCUGGCGCCCGGGACGCCAACGGAUGGGCCUCCCUUAGCCGCCGCGGCUUCAGCGCGCCCCCGAUUCCCCGCAGGGCAGGGCUUUCCUUGGACGGCGGGCAGGGACGGGCCGCGGCGGUCGGCCCGGCAGCUGCGGGAGCUCGUUCUGCUCUUCCCCUUGCAGGUGCGCGAGUGGCGCGGGCGCCCGGGGCAGGCAGGACGCGGAGAAGGGAGGCGCCAGCCAUGCCCGGCCCGCAGCUUCCCGCCCCGGCCUCCCGCCCGCCGCCCCCGCGGGACGGCCAGCCGCAGCCCCUGUGAGGAGGAAGAGGCGGCGGCGGCGGAGGAGGAGGCGCCGCCCCCUUGGCGAGCUCCCCGACCUGGCGGCCUCGGCAGGACCCAUGGCGGACUCCUCGCCCGCGCGGUCCCUGCGGGAAGGCGGCCCCCGCGCCCCGCGGCCCUCGGCCCACUCGCCACCGCCGCGCUCGCGCUCCGGCUCCGAGUCCGAGGAGGCCGAGCUGUCGCUGAGCCUAGCCCGCACCAAGACCCGCUCGUACGGGAGCACGGCCAGCGUGCGGGCGCCGCUGGGCGCCGGCGUCAUCGAGCGCCAUGUGGAGCACCGGGUCCGCGCCGGCGACACUCUCCAGGGCAUCGCGCUCAAGUACGGAGUCACGAUGGAGCAGAUUAAAAGGGCCAAUAAACUGUUUACCAAUGAUUGUAUAUUUCUGAAGAAAACUUUGAACAUCCCAGUUAUAUCAGAGAAGCCUUUGUUGUUUAAUGGACUUAACUCCAUUGAUUCUCCAGAAAAUGAAACUGUUGAUAGCAGUUUUUCUCAUGAAGAAGAACCAGUGGUAGCUGGGGAAGACCUCCCUCCUCCCAGUCCUCAAGAAUCUGAUGUUCAGCCCUUACAGCCUGAGGAAGUAUCAGCCAGAGAUUUCCUGCAGAGACUCGAUUUGCAGAUUAAGUUAUCAACACAGGCAGCCAAGAAACUAAAAGAAGAGAGCCGAAGUGAAGAAAGUCCCUAUGCAACUUCCCUCUAUCACAGUUAGGUGAUUCGGGGGCAUGACUCAAACCUGGAUUAAGAUAUGGUUGGACCAUGAAGGAUGCAACAACUGAAGACUCAGAAGCAUCCCUUCUGGAUUCCCAUAGUGUACAUCUUAAAAUCAUAAUUUACCUACUACAAUUGCACUGAAGUGAUUAGUUUCCUCUGGCUUUCUAUAAAUUUAAGUCUUUAUUAUGGCAUGAUGGCAAAAUUGUAUCCUCAAGCUCAUCACUUUUGUAGGUGGUGGUAGUUUUUAGACUAGCUUUUGUAAAUACUGGUUGACAUAAAGCAUCAAAGACUAUUUAUAUAUUUAAGCUAAAAACAAUGUUUAUCUCCUUAUGAAAUCCUAAUUAUGUGAAAAACAUGGUUGCUGUUUAAGUGAUGCUGAAUUUGCUGUGUGUUUAUAACUUAAGUGCUAUAAAUAUAUAUUUCGAUAUGUAUUACAUAUUCUGUAUUAAAAUAAAGAACCAAAUUUUGUCUGCUAUUUUGUAAAAAUAAACUACAAAGGUCUGAAUGAGAAAAUAAACUAUGUUUUCAAAUUUGA